GGCGGGGGAGGCCGGGACGGUGGCUCCGCCACCAGCUGGCCUUGGACCGUGGGCCGUGCGGGGAGGGUUUGGUGGCUCAUAAGUGUCGAUGUUGGGCUGGAAAUAGUGAAUAAUCCCCCUGCUGUCACUCCCCCGCCGCUCUCCGGCUUCACCGAGCUGUAAGGGGGCGGUUGUUGGCGGGGGCCGACUUCAGGAUGAAGCUCCCCGGGGGACGGGCCUUGGCUCACCCGCUCCUCGGCCCGAGGCCCCGCCCGGCGGGUGGCUCAGCAGAUCCCUGAGGAGAUCCUGGGGAACACGGAGCUGCAGGAGGCAGCAGAGGCCCUGCCCCAAAACUACAACUUCGAGAUCCCCAAGACCAUCUGGCGGAUCCGGCAGGCUCGGGCCAAGAAGGUGGCCCUGCAGAUGCCGGAGGGGCUCCUCAUGUUUGCCUGCACCAUCGCGGACAUCGUGGAGCGGUUCACGGACGCAGAGGCAGUGGUGAUGGGUGACGUGACCUACGGCGCGUGCUGCGUGGACGACUACACGGCCCGGGCCCUGGGCGCUGACUUCUUGGUGCACUAUGGACACAGCUGCCUGAUCCCCAUCGAUGCCACGCAGGGGCUGAAGAUGCUCUAUGUGUUCGUGGACAUUAAGAUUGACACGUCCCAUUUCCUCGAGACCAUUCGCUUCAACUUUGCAGCCGGCACCUCCCUGGCCCUUGUCAGCACCAUCCAGUUUGUCUCCACGGUGCAGGCAGCGUCACAGGAGCUGCUCUCCCAGUACAAGGUGUGCGUCCCCCAGUGCAAGCCACUGUCACCAGGGGAGAUCCUGGGCUGCACAUCACCCCGGCUUGCCGAGGACACAGAUGCCAUUGUGUAUUUGGGUGACGGGCGCUUCCACCUGGAGUCCAUCAUGAUUGCCAACCCAGGGAUUCCUGCCUACAGGUACGAUCCCUACAGCAAGGUCUUCUCCCAGGAGCACUAUGGCCACGAGGACAUGCGCCGCGCUCGGCAGGACGCCAUCCGCACGGCCACCGGUGCUCGCUGCUGGGGCCUCAUUUUGGGCACGCUGGGGAGGCAGGGCUCUCUUGGCAUCCUGCAGCACCUGGAGUCGCGUCUCCGUGCCCUGGGCCGGCCCUUUGUGCGGGUGCUGCUCUCUGAGAUCUUCCCCAGCAAGCUCCAGCUGUUCCCUGACGUGGAUGCGUGGGUGCAGGUAGCCUGUCCCCGACUCUCCAUCGACUGGGGAGAAGCCUUCAGCAAGCCGCUGCUGACACCCUACGAGGCCGCGGUGGCUCUGCGGGACGUGGAGUGGCAGCAGCCCUACCCCAUGGACUUCUACGCCAGCCGGUCCCUGGGGCCGUGGACGGUGAAUCACGGCAGCGCGCGGCCCCCGCGCCGCGGCCCGACGGCCCAGGGGGAGCCGCCCGUGCCCCCCGCCCCGGGGCAGGGCGAGGAGCGGCCGGGGGCCCCGUGAGCGCAGCCUGCGCCCCAUCCGCGCUCAGGGACCCGGCGCGGGCACAGGCACCGGCUCCCGCCCUGAGGUGAGCACCGCCGGAGCCUCCGGCACCGGGAUGGACGGGGCCGCCUCCCGUACCUCCCCCCCCCGGCCCGCGGGACCCCCCGCAGCCCCCCUGCCCCGCGGCCUCCCGCCGCCCGGGGGCGCCGCAGCCCCAGCUGGUCGGCACCGCCCCUGCUGCCCAAGGAGCGCGGGGGGUUCCGGGGCGGCGGGCGCCAUGGCGGGGGGGCGGCCGCUGCGGCUGCUGGGCCUCCACGGCUACCGGCAGAGCGAGCGCCGCUUCCGCCAGCGCACCGGGGCGCUGCGCAAGGCCCUGCGCGGCCGCGCCGAGCUGGUGGCUUUCAGCGCCCCGCACCCCGUGUCCGGCGGCGACGAGGAUGACGACGGGGACGACCCCCCCCGCGGCUGGUGGUUCUCCGCGCCCGGCGUCUUUGAGGCGGGGGACGCGGCGGCGGCGCCGGCGGGGCUGGAGGAGUCCCUGGCGGCUGUGGCGGCGGCGCUGGCGGAGCACGGGCCCUUCGACGGGCUGCUGGGCUUCAGCCAGGGCGCCGCGCUGGCCGCCAUGGUGUGCGCCCUGCGGGCCCGCGGCGACCCCCGCUUCCCCGUGGCCUUCGCCAUCCUGGUGGCCGGCUUUGCCAGCCGCGCUCCGGCCCACGGACACUUCUACCGAGAGCCCAUCGCCCUGCCCACGCUGCACGUCGUGGGCGAUGCCGACGCCGUCAUCCCCGCCUCCCUCAGCAGGGAGCUGGCCCGGCACUUCGUGGAGCCCGUUGUCCUCACCCACCCCGGCGGGCACUUCGUCCCUGCGGCUGCCCCGCAGAAGAAGGCCUACCUGGACUUCUUGGAGCGCUUCUGUCCUGCAGGGGGAACCGAGCCCCCGGGGGCUGGGGUGAUUGAUAACACUCUGUAAUAAACGGGGCUCCAGCGGGCCAGAGGCAGCCUCCCA